CACGGAAAAAAAAAAGGUCAAUUAUCUAUAUCUUCUAACCAUGCUUUUUAAUAAUAAUUAUUUCUCAAUUGGCUUGAUACGUAAAGGUUCAACCUUUCCGAGACAGCAACAUUGCCGUCCAUGUUCACGAGGUAAGUGGCCAUACAAAUACAGAUUUUUCUGCAAAUCCUAUUUAGUAACCCUUAUACAUUAUACGUAUCUUUUAACAGGAAAUACAAAGAGUAGAAAUAAUGGCUAGAAAAAAGAAGGCAACGUACAUAUGCAAUGGAAACGAAAACUCACAGGUAUCACACGUUGACCCACAUUAUAUAGAUUUUUCAAUAGACAAAAAAAACAUCGACCCCUUUCCAAUCAACUUGCUAAUGUGGUACUGCUACUUUUUUAAGGAGUACAGUUUGAUAGAUAGUGUGGUACUACUACUUUUUAAGACUCUUAUGAAUCAAAAACAUUGUCGACUAUUUACAUCUUCUAACAAUGCUUUUUAAUUGGUGCUAUUUCUCAAUUGACUUGAUACGUAAAGGUUCAACCUCUCCGAGAUAGCAACAUUGCCGUCCAUGUUCACGAGGUAAGUCGCCAUACAAAUACGAAUUUUCCUGCAAAUCCUAUUUAGUAACCCUAAUACAUUAUACAUAUCUUUUAAUAGGAAAUACAAAGACUAGAAGCAAUGGCUAGAAAAGGGAAGGCAACAUACGUAUGCAGUGGAAAGGAAAACUCGAUCACAGGUAUCACACGUUGACCCACAUUAUAUAGAUUUUUCAUUAGAAAAAAAAAUAUCGAUACCCCUUUCCAAUGAACUUGCUAAUGUGGUAGUGGUACUUCUACUUUUAUAAGGAGUACUGGUUUUAAACUUAUCAAUACUCUUCUAUAAAAGUAAGGAGGGUUGAAAGUAAUACCCAAACAUCACUACCCCAUUCCAAUGAAGAUAAAAUUGACGGAAAAAUGAUAUUCUAGGUAACCAGCGGUAAUAUGAUAUCAAAAGCAACAUUGGCCCAUCGUCCACGACGAGACCGAGAGAGAAUUCAAUCGGGACAACGGUCGCAAAUAGAUCAAACCAGGGAAUGUUCAGGACCAAUCCCACAUGUGAACUCUCCUUCUAUAACACCCAAUCGUCGUCCUCUCAAUUGCUUCGGACAGGGAUCAAAUGUCACUCAAUCUGCAAAAAAGCGACAAAGGGUUGCACAAACUUCCAUGUCUCCGUCCUUCAUGCUAAACACAUCUUCCCCCCUGCACACGAAUCGGCCUACUCUUACCGACCAAGUGGAACUAUGUUGUGAGGACGGAUUGGAUGACGAAGUGGAAAUGCCCAUGAAUUUAGAGGGACCUAGCAGAGCUCACAACAAUUUAGGAAGGCAUUAUCUUGGCAAGAUGGAUAUUGAAUGUACAAAUUGUAAAGCCCUACAUUGGAUGGAUGAGAGAUUGACAAAAUCUUCUAGAAGUCGUCCCUUAUUCGGCACUUGCUGUUUGCAAGGAAAGGUCAGGCUACAUACACUUCGUACACCCCUAAUGCCAAUUCGAGCAUUGUAUGAUGGGGAUGAUGACCGAUCAAAAUCAUUUCGAAAGCAUGCUCGAGGGUACAAUGCAACCAAUGCUUUCACCAGUCUUGGUGCUACAUUGGAUCCACGAGUGCCAGCUGGAAGCGGUCCUACAUCUUUCACUAUCCAUGGGGAAUUGCGGCAUCGAGUAGGUUCACUACUGCCACAACAUGGAAAAGAUGCAAAGUAUGCACAACUGUAUAUUUUUUAUCCUACUUCAGCGUUGGAAGUCCAGAAUCGUAACAAUGAGCAGUUGAGAAGGGAUGUACUAGAAACUAUCCAAGAAACUCUAUUGCAAGUUAAUCCAUUUGUGGAUAAAUUUCGUCAAGCAUAUGCAAUUCUGGAUCAACUGGACGUGGCGAGACAAACUCUACCAGCCCAUUUUCACUAUAGUUCGUCAAAAGAUCGACGAACGUAUAAUCUACCAACGGCAGAUGAGAUUGCGGUAGUUAUACCAGGAGAUGGUUCUAAAGCCAGCGGCAUGAGGAUAUCAUCUUGCAUUUGAGAGGAGAUAAUCAAUUGAUGCAAAUUAAAAAAUGUCACCCAGCGUAUUUGCCAUUACACUACGUCUUGCUAUUCCCACAUGGAGAGCUUAGAUGGGAACCUAAGAUGAAACAGUGGGAUGUGAAAAAUAAUUGACCUGCGACAGAGCGACUAACUCAAAUGGAUUUUUAUAGUUACCGUU